AUGGACGACAUCGCCGAUCUGACCUUCACCCUUGCACCUCCGAUCAACAAACCAUCGAUCAACAACUCAGCCAAUCGGAAGGGAGCCUCAUCCUUUGAUUACCUUUCUGCUUCUAUCGCCAGAUCCUCAUCAGCAUCACCAUCCCAUCAUCCGAUCUCACGAACUAUCUCCCCAUCCACUAACAGCAACCACAGACCAUCCCCAGGAUUAUCAUCAAAUAACUCUCAGGAUGCCUUCAGCUCAAUCUUUGGAGAGAAACCCUCAAGCUCGUCUCAACAAAAGUCCACCGCCACCUCUCAAAUGACAAUAGCAGAAAGACUUCAAGCCGCACAGAACCAGAAUUUACAUCGCCAGCUGAGCUCGGCUUCCACCAAUUCAGCAUAUCCACAAUCCGCUAGCUACACUCCAAACUCUAUCCAUCCAGGAGCGCGAUCGGUUUCUCCCUUGGCCUCACACCCCACUACGUCACUUGCCCUUCAGAAUCAUCAACCCAUCUCACGCAACUCAUCCGAAUCUUGGGAUUUCGAUUUAUUGGAACAGCCCAAAAACCCACAACAUCCUUCGUCAUCAGUUGCUCAGCCGCACUCAACUCACUCCCAAUCAACCACCAAGAGGAAAGACAGUUGGGGAAUAGAUCCCCUUUCGGAUUUCGAUCAGACAUCCGAUAAACCCUCACACGUCACCUCCCAUCAGAAUGGAUCGGUCCCGCCUGAUCAUAUGGCCGAUUCUCUCUUGGGGGAUGAAUUUGGCCCGGUCGAGGCACCCGAUAGAGCGUUUGGUUCGAUCGCUCUAACCGAUGAACCAACGUCUUCUGGUGAUGAUAUUCUGGGUUUACUCGGGGCACCAAUCGAUCAAGUCCAUGCUGAUCGCAUCAAACAACAGGCCAAUGAACUCUUACAUCAAUCGUCUCAGGCUGGACCGAGCACUCGAAACGUUCAACAACGGCCAUCAAAACCGUCUGUUGGCCGAGCCGAUUCUCCACCCCCUCACAUCCUUGGCCAAGUGGUCGAGAUAGGCUUCUCUCCUGCUCGUUCACGCCAGGCGUUGAUCCAUACCAGGAAUCAAAAGACAGGCGACUGGGACGUCUCGUCUGCGGUCGAGAGCCUCUUGGGUGCUCAAACUCAGCCGGCAAGCCGUGAAGAGAAUGUUCUUAGCUCACCACCACACUCAGAGCCCCAACGCAAGCCACGUGGACCGCCAUCCCAAAAUCAUCCAGCACAAGAGAACGGGCAGGCAAAGUCAGAAUUGACCACGGCCCUCGCAGCCGUCAACGCCAAGGAGAUACAAGAUCAAGCUGCCGAGCUCUUGGCACAAGCAUCAGCCUACGGUACGACAGCGCUCGGUAAAGCGGCUUCAUUCUGGAAACAAGGGAAAGCAUCCCUGACGAAGGUGAUCGAAGACCAAACGGGUACCAGUAAUGUUAGUGCUUCUAAGGAUGGGGAUGCUCUCAAGCCGAAGUGGAUGAGAGACGCUCAAGCACAAUGUCAAAAAGGCGAGGAUGAUAAUAAACGAGGCUCAUCUUUAACUCCCUUUUCCGAUGAUUCUUCGCCGAGAAAACUCGAUCAAGGUCCACCUGUCUCCUCUACCUCUAAGGAAAACAGUUCGAGCUCCCGAAAACCAUAUGUCUCGUCGGCACGGCGACAAGUAGCCGAAAGAAUCAUGCGCCCUAAUGGAGCUGGAGAGGGACAGCCUGUCCGGAAACCCAGCACUGGUGAACUGCUUUUCUCUUCAGAUCCUCGCCCGACUCCUUCUUCUAAUGCACCGACAUCGCAAUCUGCAAGCUCAAAACCGCCACCCGCUCAAACUACCCCACGCCGCAAUUUCCCAAGCUGGCCUGCCGUCACAGUCAGCGCGCAACAGGUCAAGCAAUCUGAAGUUUAUCGAGUCAAAGGCAAUGAAUUCUUCAAGCAAGGUCAAUAUGGCAGCGCUGAAGCAGCUUACACCCAAGCGCUGGAUGUCUUACAAGAUCCAACAAGCCUGGCCAGUCCACAGAACGUUUACUUUGGGAGUCUGUCACUAUUUAAUAACCGGGCUGCUGCUCGGCUCAAGAAUGGGGAUGGCAAAGGGGCGAGGAGCGAUGUAGACCGAGUGAUUGAAGUGUUGUUUUGCGAAGACAGUCAACUGGAUAAACCCCUAUCGGAACUGAGCGAGCGACUAGAAUGGAACCAGAGCCGGCUGCCGGUCGAGUUGAAGCAGAGCCUCAACCUACCCGAACAAGUGGGAAAAGCGUUGAGCAAACGGGCCCGGAUUAGUGAGGAGGCUGAACGAUGGGAGGAGGCGAAGGUCGAUUGGGAGAACUGUCGAAGGUUGGGUGGGGGCGUGAUGAAGGGUGCGGGUGGGAUGAAGAUGGUGAGCGAGAGUCUGGGUCGAUGUUCGCAGGCUGUGAGCAAGCCCUCUAUCUCGCCCGGCUCGAUGGCAAGUGUGAGUGGAUCGAAGCCGAAGCUCGGUGGGACGGGCGAGACGACGAAGAGGGCGGCUCAACGGAUCGGCGAACAACGAGCCUCGGAGGCCGUCCAAAGACUCAAGAUCGCUAACGAGAAGAUCGAGUUGGAGGAGGCGCAAAAACUGGAUGCUAAGGAUGCCGUGGAUGAGCGGAUCGGGGCUUGGAAGAACGGGAAGGAGAAUAACUUGAGGGCGUUGAUCGCUAGUCUUGAUUCAGUACUCUGGGAUCAACUCAAUUGGAAGAAAGUCUCGAUGGCUGAACUCCUGACUGAGUCUCAGGUUAAAGUUAAAUACGUUAGGGCUAUCUCUAAAGUUCAUCCUGAUAAAGUUCAGUGA